AUGGCAAUCAACAUCCCCGGCCUGCUGGCCAUCAUUUUCUUCUACGUGGUCAUUCUGGCGGUUGGCAUCUGGGCAGGCCGCAAGACCAACGCGCCCCGACGAGGCACUUUAUCGGUGAGCGUGGGCGAGCAAUCCAACAUAAUGCUCGCUGGAAGAAACAUCGGCCUGUUCGUCGGUGUCUUCACCAUGACCGCGACCUGGGUUGGAGGUGGUUAUAUCAACGGUACCGCAGAAGUAGUUUACAUCAGUGGUCUCGCUUGGUGCCAGGCGCCCUUCGGAUACGCCCUCAGCCUGCUCAUAGGCGGAUACCUGUUCGCAGUGAAGAUGAGGAAAGCAGGCUACAAGACGAUGCUGGACCCUUUCCAGCAGCACUUCGGCGCCCGCAUGGGCUGCCUGCUUUUCCUGCCGGCCUUGUGCGGUGAGGUGUUCUGGUCGGCCGCCAUCCUCGCUGCGCUCGGCGCCACGGUGGAGGUCAUCAUGGACUUUGAGCGGACAGAGUCGGUGGUCGCGUCGGCGUGCAUCGCUCUUUUCUACACGUUCACGGGAGGCCUGUACUCGGUCGCCUACACGGACGUCAUCCAGCUUUUGGCCAUCUUCGUUGGCCUGUGGAUGUCCGUGCCGUUCGCAAUGUUCCACGAAGCAGUCGGCCCCAUCUCGUACCCGAAGAACGACUUCGUAGGCAGCGUGGAGUGGAAGGACUUUGGCAUCUACUGGGACUCCAUGCUGCUACUCAUGAUGGGCGGGGUGCCCUGGCAGGUGUACUUUCAGCGGGUUCUCUCGAGCCGCACGGCCGAGGGUGCCGAGCUGCUGUCGUACAUGGCGUCGUUCGGGUGCCUGUUCAUGGCCAUCCCACCCGUCAUUCUUGGUGCCGUCGCCAAAGCGGCCAACCUGACGCAGGCGGGCUAUACGAAGGCCAUCCCGCUGACGGGCGAGGCAACGACGCUGACGCUGCCGCUGGUGCUGCAGUACCUGACGCCGGGCUUCAUCUCGGCCAUCGGGCUCGGUGCCGUCUCCGCGGCGGUGAUGUCCUCCUCGGACUCGUCGAUCCUCAGCGCGGCCUCCAUGUUCGCCUGGAAUAUUUACAAGCUCGGCAUAAGGCAGAACGCCACGGAAAAGGAGGUGAUUGGCGUGAUGCGUGUGUCCAUUGUGCUGGUCGGUGCGCUGGCCACCUUCAUGGCGCUGACAGCCGAGUCGAUCUACGGCCUGUGGUACCUGUCCUCGGACCUGGUCUACGUCAUUCUCUUCCCGCAGCUCGUCUGCGUGGUGUACCUGAAGGAGCGUGUCAACACGUACGGCUCCUUCGCCGCCUACGUAGUGGGCUGCGUCUUGCGCGCGGGAGGUGGCGAGUCCAUCCUCAAGAUACCGCCCUUCAUCAAGUACCCCUUCUACGACUAUGAGAAUAAUCAGCAGCUUUUCCCCUUCAGGACCUUCUCGAUGGUCCUCAGCUUUGUCACCCUGGUCGUGGUGUCUGGCGCAGCAUCGUGCCUCUUCAUGUCGGGGCGCUUGCCUUCCGACUGGGACGUGUUCAACUGCUUCCAGCCUGACGCCAAAGCAUUGGAAAUGACGCCCGCACAUGAAAAGACGCCCGCGGCAAUGAGCGUGGAGGUGAAGUCAUCUGGUGGCGCUGCUAUGGCGCCAGCUUCCACCGGCCCCGAAGCAAUGGCGACGUCUACGCCGCAGACACAAGCAGCUGUAGUUUCUAAGGAACAUGCGUCAGCAGCUCCGAGGUCAUCGACACCAUCCGGUAUGGUCGCUGAAUCCAUGGCUCCGACGGCGCUUGCCGCCGUUUCUGAGGAUAAGACGCAGAGCCACCAAUCCGGUGACGUCACGUUCAAGAGCCACGCGAAACCGCCGACUCCCAAGAACGAGGAGACCAGUGACGUCUCCGGCGUCAAGCGCAAGCGCAGGAAGAGCCGGCGCUCCAGCGAGGGUUCUCGGAAGUCGACUCCCGGCGACGUCUCUAAGCCGCUGGCCACCGAAGCCACCGAUGCGGACAAAGCACCCGAAACCGCCAAGAAGCACUGA